GUAAAAGUGGCAGCCCCAAUAAGGAUGGAAAGGAAGGCGGGAGCCAGCACGCCAGCGGGGCAGCUAAAGGAGAGACACAGCAGUGGGGCUGGCCCCUCUGUGAUAAAUCCCCGGGUCACAGGUUUGGCUGCAUCCGAGACCCCAGCGCCGAUCUACUGCGUCCCCAUCACGAUGAAGGCUUCUUUUGCUGUCUGCAUCCUCGCUGCUCUCCUGGAUAGAGGGGCCUGUCUGCAGUGUGAGGUUUGCUCUGGACCAGGAGCCAGCUGCACGGGCGACCUUCAGACCUGCGCUGUUGGGACAGACUCUUGUGGCAUCUCGCUGGGUGAAUACACAUUGGUGGGAAUGAAGCAACAGAUCAUUAUCAAGGGCUGUGUAACAUCCAGCAAUUGCAAAGUUGGCCCCCUCACUAUGAACUUUGGGAACGGAGUGGCAGUAAGGUCGGGCCUCACGUGUUGCGUGGGAGAUGCCUGCCGAACAACCACAGUUACAGUGCCCCCGGCUAACACCAAACCCAACGGCCAGCGCUGCCCAGCCUGCGUCGCUAUCCUCUAUGCUCAGUGCAAUGAAGAGACCAUCCAGUGCACUGGGUCAGAUACCCGAUGCAUCGAGGUUGCCGGGACCGUAACGUUUGCCCAUCUGUGAUAAAUC